AAUAACAAUAACUCGGCGGCGCUGUUUAUCCCAAGAAGUGGGUUGAACACUGGCCGAACUUUUCUAACUUUCUGUCUUCUCCGCCUCCUUCUCGAACCGACCAGCUGCAGUCGAGCUCCGGUCUCAACUUCUCGCCGCAGAACCAACCAAGGUCACCGACUGCACCGCCCGCUGGGUCUGUCAAUGCGGCCGCAACCCUGCCUGGACCCCGGCGCCGCUCUUGCUAGUAUGGUUGCGAGACUCGUUGGAUUGAAACUGAAAUAAUCCUCCGAGCAACUCGGUCUAUUUGAACAAGUUUGUGCUCCUGAAGUGAAGCGGCACCAUGUUGAGUAACUCGGGGACUUACGCCAACAAGAAGAGGAAGAAGCCUGUCCUGAAGCAGAAGAAGGUGUCAGAUGGCGUUGAAGUGGUCAAGUCCAACCCCUCGAAGCGCCACCGGGAUCGGCUAAAUGGGGAACUGGACAGAUUAACGGAGCUUCUUCCCUUUCCAGAGGAUGUGCGUUCAUGUCUGGACAAACUCUCAGUCCUUCGCCUCAGUGUGGGGUACCUGAGAGUGAAGAGCUAUUUUCGAGCCACCGCGAAGAACAGCAACAACAGCCUGUUGUUUCCUGCAGUCAACGGCCACAAUGGGAACAGCGCGGAUAGUGCAGCUUUCUCUGAAGGAGACCUCCUGCUGCAGGCUCUCAAUGGUUUUGUGAUGGUGGUGACUUCAGAAGGACUUGUCUUCUAUGUGUCUCCUACUAUUAAGGACUACCUGGGCUUCCAGCAGUCUGAUGUGAUCCACCAGAGUGUGCUUGAGCUCAUCCACACUGAUGAUCGAGUCACGUUCCAACAGCAACUCCAUUUUGCUCUCAAUCCUCCCGAAGCAAAUGGAGAUGGCCUGCAGAACACUACGGUGAUGUACAACCCGGAUCACCUUCCCCCGGAGAACUCGGCCUUUCUGGAAAGAAGCUUUGUGUGCCGCUUUCGAUGCCUCUUGGACAACUCCUCCGGCUUUCUGGCGCUGAAGUUCCAGGGAAGACUGAAGUACCUCCACGGCCAGAAUGUCAUUGGGGACAACGGAACAUGUGCCAAGCCUCAGCUGGCACUAUUUGCUAUCGCCAUGCCCGUCCAGUCUCCGUCAAUCGUCGAGAUCCGCUCCAAAAUGCUGCUGUUUCAGACCAAACACAAGAUGGACUUCACUCCGUUGGGCAUAGACAACAGGGGGAAGAUCAUUCUGGGCUACAACGAGGUGGAGUUGUGUUUGAAAGGCUCCGGCUACCAGUUCAUCCACGCAGCUGACAUGAUGUACUGCGCCGACAAUCACAUCCGCAUGAUUAAAACGGGCGAGAGCGGACUGACUGUGUUCCGGCUCCUCAGUAAGACGGGCAGCUGGGUGUGGGUGAAGUCCAACGCCAAGCUCAUCUAUAAAGGAGGAAGACCUGAGUUCAUCAUCGCGUAUCAGAGAGCUUUAGCCCAAGCUGAGGGCGAAGAAUACUUCCGUCAGAGGAGGCUCCAGCUGCCAUUCAGCUUCACAACGGGGGAAGCUGUUCUCUACGACACCGGCCCCACAGUGGACAUCCAGCAGUCCCAGUUCAACAAGCUGUUCAGCAACAACAAAACAGACAAAAACAAGAAUGUGUCCCCCGGCUCUCUGCUGGACAGCUUUCUCAAACAGAACGACACCGUGUACGCAAAGAACGUGGAGAACUCGAUACCUGUGGACCAGGUGUUCCUGGACAGCCGAGCUCUCGUCAGUUUUCCCGCCGAUACCUGGCAGGAGGGAGGGGAGGCAGGGACAACAGGCAACCCAGUCGUGAUCAAGAAGGAGGCCAAGCAGUCAGUGAUGGCUAUGAUUGACAGCCUGGAGCAAUUGGCCCGGAGUGGGGAAUUCAGUGCAGCUAUUCAGAACAUGGAUCUUGGCAACACGGAAAUGAUGAACUGGGAAAAGACUUUAAAGAGUUUAAACCACAACGGUGAAAAGGAUGCCGAUUUGAGCACGGAGCUGGACGACCUCCUCACCAAUGAGAUAUUUGAAUACAUUGACUCUGUUCUGUUCAAGGAGGGGGAGGAGGACUGUCUGACCAACACUCGUCCCAGCUGCCUCAACAACCACCUCUCCCCUUCUGGACACUGUGAGCCGCAGUUGUUCACCUCGCAGAGUCCAGAUCUCUUCUCUCAGUUAAACGUUCUCUUCUCUCAGAAGCCUGUAAAUGAGCAAGAGAACGUCCUGCACAGCUCACCAGGUUCCGCGGUUCCGAUGUUAAGUGGGACCCAGAGACUCUCCCAUCACGGUCCUCUGAAUGUUGUGGCCGACUGCAACCCGCCUCCAGUUCAGCAGCUGCAACUCCCUGACAUCUUCAGCACGUCACUGGAGAUCCCUGAACUAAACAUCCCAGAAACCUCGCCCGGCGACUCUUUGGCAUCAUUUCCAAAUUACGGUCCGGCAACCCUCGGCCCCAGUUGCCGCCCUCCACCUCUCCCUUUACAGAACACCCAGCAGUUUCGGUGUCCUCAAAACACAAAUAUCGAGAUGCUGCAGGGUUGCGACGUGCCACCAAGUGCAGUGGAUGUACUGCCUCCCCUGGUUGCGAUUAGCAACUCUGCUAACAUGCCGGCUCAAUUUCCCGUAGCGUGCAUGCAAGAGAACGUACCAUUGGAGAUUCAGCAACUCCAGCAGUCUGCAUGCAGUCAGUAUCUGCCUCAUAACGCCAUCAACGGAUAUGGGCCUAUGGUCCACACUCAGUCUCCGGAGAAGCAAACAUGUGCUGCCCUUUUUACCCAGGGCGUCAACAAGCUGGACCACAGCCAGCAGGCGGGUCUAGCGUGUGGUCAGUCAGCCACCAGCAGCAGCUGCAUGUUCAACCAGCACUUCACCAACAGUCCAGGAGGGGGCCAGACUUUGGCUCCUCUCGGAGCUGCUUUUCAGAGAGGGCCAGAUGUUUCUCUGGAUCAGAGUCCCCCCCAGGCUUCCUGCUAUGUCCAGUGGGGACGCAGUGAGCCCGUGGUGGGCACGUCAGCCAUCAACCAGGAAAACGCCAACAUCAGCCCUGCGAGUGCCCCUCCCACCUCAGAGCACAACGCGCAGCACUUCAUCAAGUGCCAUAGACAGGUGAACAUGCUCCACUGAUUCUGGACCAACGUGCUCGCCCAGACUCUCGUCGCGUCCCAUUCUAUCGUCGUAUACAGUAUAUAUAACUGUUGAUCGCAUUUACUCUCCUGCAACGUUGUAGCUUGUUUUGCUCAAGAGACUCUCAGUAAGAAUGAAGUACAAAGCCAGAGAUGCAUUAAUGAGGUAAAGCCUGAGCAAAUCCAAAGAGAUAUAUUUUCAGUAAGGGAAACCUCUGUCUUUACCUACACAAUAAUUCGCAUAUUAACCUCUUUAACCUUUGUAUUUCUUGUGUGGGAAAUUCUCACACAGCUGUAUUGUACUAUAUUUAGACAUAUAGUUCCAAGCGACACCCUUAGUAUGGGCUUCUUCACCCUGAGACAAGUUUCCUCGAACGCAUCAGCAUGUGAGACUUCUGUUUCUUUUUCAAGUAGAAAUGAGAUUAUCAAUGGUAUUUGCAAAUGAGAUUUUAGCUAGGUGGCUAUUACUACCUUGAUGGACACAGACCAUUGCUGCAUUGAUCCACUUUCGCACCCCGUAAUCUCAUCUGACCUGAUGUAAUUCUCUAUUGAACAAGAGCAAGCCAAACCUUCGGUCGAAAACACACAAGUCUAGAGGUAAAUCCUCUUUGUUGCCCCGUUGGAUUUUUUUGUUUUAUUGACUUACUAAAUACGGUAACUAAUUACUAAUACUUACAUAUAUAUAUAUAUAUAUAUAUAUAUAUAUAUAUAUAUAUAUAUAUAUAUAUAUAUAUAUAUAUAUAUAUAUAUAUAUAUAUAUAUAUGUGUGUGUGUGUGUGUGUGUGUGUGUGUGUGUGUGUGUGUGUGUGUGUGUGUGUGUUCCUUCUGGGUCUACUGUCGAAGGGCCGUGUGGCUCUUAACAUGCUUCAUGUAGGGAAUCCCAUAAUUAGUACAAGGAACGGGUCUUUAAAAAAUCAUCCCAUCAAUAAGCCUUAUUUACGUCGCAGGUGAGGGGAACAGAGAGCUCUGACUGAGAGUGUCAAGCAGGCUCCAAAAGAAAGGGUGUGUCAUGGAGGUUCUGUAUUCGGUGUCUCCAUCCAUUUGUUAACAUCAAAGUUUCAGGGGCGGUCCUGUUCUUGGACUUGGUCUUGCCCUACCUUGGGCUUGUUGUUGACUCGGCCUGAUAUGCGUAUUGGAAAAUGCCCAAAAACAUCCACACCAUCAAGUGCUCAGCAUGUGGAGCAAUGAUGUAUCAUUUGGCUGUGGCUGAGAAUAGAAGACUCUGAUCCACUCUUAAUGUGUGCAACGAUUUGCCACCGAAUGCCCACAUAUUUAUUUGCCCUACAACUUUAGAUCUAGAUUUAGUUUUUCCACAAGUCCAUGAACAAACAGAGAAGAAAAGUUCACUGUUGAACCGUAGGGAAAAGGAUGUUUUAGUUUGUCAAACUCAGUUGCUGAGGGUUGAAACAGAAAAAAUACAGCACAUAUUUAUGGAUCAAAAUAUAUUUUAUUUUUGUAAAUUGUUUAGACAGGAUUGCAAAUUUGAUUUAAACAUUUGGCACUUAUAAACUGUAGGAAGAGCUUUAUCUGUCACAGUGGGUUGUUGGACUUGGAGUGUUGAGUCUGCUUUUUAUUAACAGGUGGUGAUGGUCGAUGAGGUGUCAUGAGACAAUAAUGCAGGGUUGUUGGAACUGUGUCCUAAUUUUCAGUGGCCACCAGAUGGCGCUCUUGGUUUAGAAAUGAUGUGAGGUUUCAUUGAAUUAGUUCUUCAAGUCCACAGCAGACAGUGCCAUCUGGUAGCCUCUGAAAAUCACAACCCUGUUUCAUGAAACCUCAUCGACCCAAAGUCAUUUCGUAAAAGUCUUAGAAAAUAAUGGGGUCUUGAGUUGGAUGUGGUUGUUGAUGCCUGGAAUAUAGGGAGUAAUAUGGGUUUGUGGUUGUGGAGAACAGAUGUUCCCAAGGCAAGUUGUGUCAGACUCAUUUGGAAUGGAUCGUGAAAGGGUGUUCCGAGCACGCUUGAGAGAUCACCGCUGUCCUGGGAGCCUUUCAGGAUUCCACUGUUUGGGAAAACCUGGGCCUCCUGGUUGCUGCCUCUGUGACAGAACCCAGGAAGACAGCAGAACUCAUUUUGCCAAGCUGAGCAAUUUGUCCAGCUGUGAUACGCUGGGAUGAACCGACUGGAGACAAGAACGACAAGAACAAAAAUCUGUCACCACUAAAGGUGAAAGUGCUUGUUUUCCUUUUAAAGAACAUUUCCAUCCUUCUCCACGACCAGGGUGGUCUUCUGACAUUAGUGGCGUGUCCUUCCCAUGUCUGCGAAUUGUUGAUGAGAAAUGAUGAUUUUUAUGGACGCUGGUUUCGACUGAGUCUCCGUAUUUGAAGUCAGGCAGAAAAACACAAGGGGAAUGAACCAGGGCCCAAAGUUAGGAGACAAUAAAUCAACGUGGUGCUGUGUGUGGUCAGAGUUCCACCUCUUUGAAAGUUCCCCCAAAAAGCACUUGUGGCAUUUAAAUGUUGUUCUACUAAAAAGCCUCCAAUGUCUUUUGCUUAAGAAAGUCAUCUUUAUAGUAAGAGGGACGAUCUGAAGCGUAGAACUCAAAUAGGAGGAAGUAGCUGCAGUGUCUCCUAAAGCCCGUUUAGAAUGCGUGCCCUUCUACGUGAAACUAGAUCUGUGGGUGACGCCAAGCUGUCCUCGGCUGCCCUGGGGUGGAUAGAGAACCUGAUCCCCGCUGGCUGGAUGUCACUUUUGACUGGCUACAGGCUUGGUGGAGCGAGCAGCUCGCUGACUAUGAACGACUUCUAAUCUGAAACAUAUUUUUUCAGACAUAUUGACUCAUUUGUUGUCAGCCAGGAGUAAGUCAGCACUUGCCAGUCACUGUGCUGCUUUUUCCACUACAGAUCAGGAUCAACAAAUUCAGUUUGAUGGGAACCCCUUUUAUGAUGCUGUACGCCUCUAGUAGCUGGAGUCAGUGAGUAAAUGUCAGGAGAAGCAGAUCUUUAAAAGCCGUCCCACCUUCCCACAAGCAACCUCCAGGAUACUUGACCACACUGAGCCAUCUCCCUGAACCUUCUGUCCUUCUAUUUGUGCCUUUUUUUAGCACCACGCCUUUUCCGCCAUAUCACUUUUUUUUUUUUAUCCUUCUGAAUAUAUAAAUAUAUCUAUAUUUCGUUGCUAUUUCCUCGAGGAAAGCCAUGUUCAUAUAUCCUACGUUAAUUAAACUAAAGAACCUAAGUGCAUUUCAACGCUGGAAAUCCUUCAAGUCCAUUCUCCUUUGCACAGACAUCCUCACCAGUGGAAACAAGGGAAAAGACUUUACUGCCAGUCUCAGGAGAGAUGGUGAGGUUUCCUUCAUUGACGGACAGAAAAGCAAAUGUAAAUAUUGUGGACAUUUUAACUUUGGAUGAUGAUGCUGUAUGUUUCCCCGCCGUCUUUUAACAUGCUAACCCAUAUACGACAGCUGUAACAGCUUCCUGUAUUUAACCUGCUUUUUUUUUUUUUUUACGACUGUGUAAUAAAACAUGAUAAAAGCUGCAGCUCAGCGACUACAUCUUGAGUGUCCUGGUUGGAAUAAAAGCUGCAAUGACGACUUCGGAGGCUCUGGCCAGCCGAUAAACCGCCUACGGUGGACUCAAAACAACUGUCUCAGAAGCCACUAAAAAGAGAGGAAAGCAGAUGUUGAUAGGGGAUGUCGAGAUUGUUAAAAAAAAAAAAAAAAAAAAAAGAACAGGAAAAAAAAAACAUGUAUUUCUCCUUUUUUUUUACCUUGUAGUUGUAGUAUCUGUGUCACGAUAUACACUAACUAUAUACCACGCAUAUGCAAAUGUGUACAUGUUGCUUCAUUUAUCUUCAUUUUACAUAUUCAAGCUUGCAAGUCUAGAAUUGAGAUUUUGCUUUAGCAGUCCCACAAACGUGUUUUUUUCAAUUCCUGAUGGUGAGUUUCAUGAAGACGCCAGCAUCAUAAACGCACAACCUAAAAGUUGAACAGCUGGAAAAUGUGUAUAUAUAUAUAUUUAUAUAUAUAUACAUAUAUUAACUAAUUUGGCUGGAAGUCAAACACGUGGGGCUCUCAGCCUUAUUUGGUGAAACCAGAGCUUUUUACUUAAGGCGUUCAAGGUCCACCCUCAAUGUUUUAGGAGCUCUUCAUCGUGCUUGCUCAGGUUGUAUCAUGCUUUAAUUUUGUACACACCUUAACCAUGUUUUUGUAACGUGCUUGUGUAUCGAUUAAUAUAUGAAGUAAAUGUGAAUUAAAAUGUUUUCUUCGCAAA